AUGGAGUUUAAGAAAAUAGAACAGACUUUUGAAUCUUGUUACGCUAAAGUAAAGAUAUUGCAGGGUUCAGAUGGUGGGGUGAAGUUAUUCUGGGGUAUUGCUGCUGAUGGAUCUGUGGUGAUUUCUGAUGAUGUAGAGGUCAUUAAAGCUGGCUGUGCUAAGUCAUUUGCACCCUUUCCCACAGGUUGUAUGUUCCACAGUGAGAAAGGACUAAUGAAUUUCGAGCACCCGAUGAACAAGAUGAGAGCCAUGCCAAGAGUAGAUAGUGAAGGGGUAAUGUGUGGAGCUAACUUCAAAGUGGAUAUGUAUUCCAGAGUUAACAGCAUCCCUAGAGUUGGCAGUGAAGCUAACUGGUCUGAUUGGAACACUUCUUACUAAGUCGAUUCUCUGCGAUUUUCGAACUUCCUUUAGUGUUUCUUCUGUUUUCGUUCCAUUUUCGAGUUUGUUUUAGGUUUGGUUUCUUCCUUGUACGUGCUUUGCACCUGUGUAUAACGCUUGGAAAAUAAAUGACACAUUAGAAAUGAUUCAGCUUUGAA